UGACGUCACAGCCUUUAGCAGGCAGUGGAAGAAGAAGAGGCGCUGCUAGAGAGACGGAGACGGAGCUAUCUUUUGACUCUCUUUCUCCAUCUCCGCUGACAGGCUCUCGUCCUCCUCCUCCUCGCACCAAACCCACCGAAACAACCGUCGUGACCACCUCUCUUCGCCCCUUUUUAAAUGUCAACCUCUUCCUUUGAUCACCUUUUUACCCCAUAACCCCACCUUUACCAGAGAUGUUACAAAAUGAGGACGCCCCCAACUAGCGACGACUUCUCCUGCAGUUUAUCUCAACAUUGUGGAUUCGCCUGAUGUCGGAGAUGCAAAGACGAGGAUGCAAACUAUGAAUUUUGUUUUUGUGCUUUCUUUCCUUGAGAGUGGGAGAAGAAAUGAAGUUUAAGGGUUCGUCUUUUGGGGGCUUCCGGUUCACCUGUCCACCUUUACCCGCCCAUUAGCUCCCCGAACCCUAUCAGAAACUGUUAACAGGGAAGAUUAUCACCACGUAGAAGUUAAACAUUGUUUUGGGAGCAUCUUUUUGGAGGAAUUAUAUGUGCGCCACGCCGGUGGAUAUGGCUUAAAUUAUGUUGGCGUCACUGUCAGAUGGAGAAAAGUCCGUCACUUGAGUGUUAUUAGCCACCGUCGACAUUGGUUGAAAAGAUCAUCUCAAUGGGAGGAUAUCUGGCGGACUGAUUGGAAAAAUGUGGAUAAAACGGAGUGUCACUCGCAGCACUCCAUCUGCUUUGAGGCCAGGCAGCUGUGUGGGACACCGGGUGUGGAUCCUGCUGGCGAUGACCCACAUGACCUUGGACUUCUGUGUAUGCAGCCCUCUCAGUCAAGGUCUGGGGAUCAAACUCAUGCCUAAACCGGUGCCUCGCUCGCGACCUCGCUUGCAGCCCGUCUGGGACACGCCCAACAAGAUUCACUGGAGAACAGCGAUCCCUGUGGCCCGCAGGCUUCUGAACCCUAUCCUUCCACCCCAAGAUGGUAGAUUAGGGGUAGGGCCAAAAGUCAAAGUUCAAAAACAUCGGAAGCCUCUACACAAACGACAAGCGUUGUGUAAAGAGUGCAGGUUGGCUAACUCUGAAGUGGAGACAGGCGAGUCGCUGAUAGCCGAAGCCCCGGCAGGUCUAUCCGGUAAGAACACAGGAGACAGAGUGACGUUACUUCUCAGAGCCAGGAGGCAGCUCAAAUGGGAGAGCUUUGACAAGUCUCAGGAGGGCCGGACUACUACGGUGGCCGGAUUCAUUGACUGGGGACCCACAGGCACAGAUAGUAUAGAUGAGGAUGGUAAACCAGACUCCAAAGCUACAUUUCCUAGUCGCUCCUCAACUACCACAGUGGCCACAACCACUAGCACUACGAGGUUCUCCCAAAGAACAUUCACUAUGGUGACGACGCCAGAGCCCAAGAGGCUAAGCACCACCAAGUCCACUAACAGCUUUGGGGAGACUGUCAAGCCACCAAAGCCAAAUGUGGAUACAUCAGGUUUGGCAGUUCACCAGAUAAUCACUAUCACUGUGUCUCUCAUUAUGGUCAUCGCAGCCUUGAUCACAACACUCGUCCUUAAAAACUGCUGUGCACAGUCAGGAAAUGGCCGCCACAAUAGCCAUCAACGCAAGAUCCACCAGCAGGAAGAAAGCUGCCAAAACCUGACGGAUUUCACCCCAGCCAGGGUUCCCAGCAAGGUGGACAUCUUCACUGCCUACAACGACAGCCUGCAGUGCUCUCAUGAGUGCGUUCGGACUGCUGUGCCCAUCUACACUGAUGAGAUGAUCCAGCAGACGCCUGUCUACAAGUCUGCUUACAAUGGAAACAGGCCUUCCCCGUCGGAAAGACAACUAAUUCCUGUUGCCUUUGUGUCAGAGAAAUGGUUUGAGAUCUCUUGUUGACAAGCUGCCGGUCCCUGAUCACUUCCUGUGGGAGGAGGAGAGUUCCCAAAUCCGUGCUUUGGAUCGACUCUAAAAGGACACAAGAAACAGCUUCUUUUGUAAAGUAGUGUGAUCUCUCUUUGGACACUGGUGAAGAUAUUUAUUUUUCUAGACAAAGCAGCCCCAGUGCUACUAGCACUCCGUCUAUACCAUCAUUAAGAUGCAGACUGUAUAUGAUGUAGGCACAUUAAUGGGAUCCAUGGACCACCAAGACCGUGACUAUCGUGGAUAUCUCCAAUCAGUGAUACAUACACUAUUUGACGCUUGACAAAAGGCACCCAAAGGCUCUUCUGCGGGUGGAAGAUGAACUGAACAAUGUGAACAAUGUGCCAAUAAUGCCGCUAUGUGCCACAACCUGGAUCGAGAAAGAAGUUUCAACGACAAAUGGACAAAACGAAGAGUGCUAUAUUAACCUUGUAUUGAGUACAUUGUUUUUGUGUUGUUGUUUUUUUAAAGAAAUGUGAAAAUGAUACAAAUGCAUUUGGAUAUGUUCUAAACUACCACAACUUUAAGAAAUAUAUUGGAAAAAAGGCUGGGAAAGAGCAAAAAUGGCAUAGGAUAGAAAAUGUGAUUUUUUUUUUAAGUUCCAUUUUAAAAUAUACUAUUUUUUUUACACAGAAAACCCUGCCAACACCUGACAGUGGAGAUCCAAUGUCCUUAGGGUUUGCCACUGUUAAUUAAAUACGUUCAUCCCAGAUGUUCUUUUUCCUGAUUUGAAAGAAAUCAUAGUUUUAUCUCACAUUGACAACAAAAACCGCAUGGAGGUGGACAGGACAUUCAACUGCCUCAGGUCUGUCCCACUCUCGCACACUUUUUAGUUAAAUGCCCAGCUCAACAACCCAGCAACUGAUCAAAGUGCAGUAUAAGAGCCUUGCAAUCCAAAUAGGUAAGAAUCCAGAUGAAACCCGAUGGGAUAUUACUUCCAGUUUCAUUCUGGAAGUCAUAUUAUUAUUAUUUAUGAUCUUGAGUAGCCAAACAUGAUUUAUAUUAAUAAUCAUAUUUAUUUAAAUACAGUGGGACCAACACAUUAAAAAAAAUUAUCAUAUGAAAUAAUGAAAUUUAUUAAUUUGGUCCAUAAUGUUAAUAUUUACAUUUUGCAUUGCCAACUGUCAUACAAGUGUAGCAAGAUGUUCUAAUAAAAUGAAAUAAAAUUAAACAUAAGUAAAAGUAGUCACAGUAAAGUUUGAGUUCUAUGGUUAUUGUGAUAGUAUCACAAAAAAUACAAAUAUAAGUAAAAUAUGAAUAAUUUUGAUGCUUUUUUACGGAAAAUGUAGUUUGAAGUCCUAAUUCUACUUCUAGGGUUCAGCUGUUAACUGAAGAAGAUCUUUCAGAGGCAUCUCGGGAUCCAAAUGAUCAAACUGGGGCAAUAUGUGAGGGCAAUAGAUCUGUUUGAUACUUAAGAGCAGAUUUCAUAAGAGAUGAUGAUGUUUUUUUUUCUGUAAGGAAGCUACUGACGGUUCCGUCUUUGUGUGCUGUGGGUUUGUACAAAGCACAAAUGCAUUUCUACAAUUGUAUAACAUUAGCAUCACGACUACACAUGUGGGAUUAUCUGCAUUGGUCAUGAUGGGUUUAGAGCCUGAAUCCCCCCCACCGCCGCCGCCACCCCACGACAACAUUAAUGCAAGCUGUUUUAUUAUAUAAGGAGGUGCCCAGAUAGCGUGGGAUAUAAACACUGUGGUGCCCAUCUCCAACAUGAAAGCCCCUCAUGAACGACGUCCAGUCGAUACCUGAUCAGCCUCACUUGGGCGUCGGGCUGCCCCGGUUGCGUCUGACAAAACAAUAUAUAUUUUUGAAUGAAGAGUGUUAUCUUAAUAGACAGAGGGUUAUGAAAAAAUGUAUAUUCUACAUGUGUAAAUGUAUUUUCUAUAUAUUUGCUUCUAUUUGUGUACAGGUGUGUAAAGUUUUUUCAACACCCCCUGCCCGGUUUUUGGGCAGGUUUCAGCUAGGUCUGGGAUAGUGUCUUUGUUUACAUGUGUAACUACGGUAUUUCUUUUCAAACAAACAGAAAACAAACCUUGUGCCAAGCUUCCUACUUGCACUUUUAAGCAGUACAUGUAUUAUAUCUUUAGACAAACAGUAUAAUACUUCAGUAGAUGCUGCUCUUAUAUCGGAACACUGGAAUAGUAUUUCCAGGUGGAAUGUCGGGUGGAAAAAAAAAAAAAGCAGAGUUGACGAGAACUCUCGGGUUCUUCUGGGAAACCAAUGACUUACUGUCAUUUUGAUUAUGAUAUACCGCAUUUCAUCACAUGGAUAAUAAAUUAUAUGGAUCAUAACAGUAGCUGCCAAGACAUCAGCUGCACUUGAACGUGAUGUUCAUUCGUCAUACUUCCUUCAUUUUUACAUUUUGAUUUGUCACCCUACUGCUAUUACCUCAAAGGGGAGCUAGGGAUUUGAAGAAUAUGAAAUAUCUGAUGAUAAUGAAGCAAAAAAACGGUAGUCUGGAUUUGACUCGACAUAAGCCCUGCGAUGUGGUAAACUUUUAGCAAAGUUUGUCAAGGAUCAUUGUGGUUUUUUCCAACUUGGGCCUUAUCUUAAACUCUGUGCAUGUCUCUUGGGAUGCAAGUCAUGGUUAGAUGUUGGUUGGUCUUCCGAAUUCACAGUGCUUUGAUGAAAACUCACUCAUUCACUUUUAUGAUCCUUCUGCCUUUGGCUCAUCAUGUGUGAGUGGCACGAUGGAUGCAUGAGCUGCUUUGACAUUUAAUGACUUUGUUUGUCGUCUGAUCCUCGGACUCGCAUGCUUAUAUAUACACACAACGUGUUAAAAAUAUGGAAAACGUCAUACUAACUCAUCGCACUAAUCGUUCCUGUUCCUGUGUUCCUUCAAGCCGCCAAUUAGCAUGGGCAUACAUCAUACAUCCUGCAUGAUAGUAUUUAUGUUACUUAGCUGGUUCGUCCGCCUUGCAUGAUGCCAUUCAUUGAAAAAAGGUGGAGCAUGUCAUGUUUAUUAUGAAUCUUAUUUUUGCCUUAAAUUGGUCAAAUCUGUAGGUGAGCCCACUCAUUGCCUCUUAACUUUUAAACCCCUGCUUCUGAAACAAAGCCAACAAAAUUGUAAUUCCGAUGGGUGCUAAUGAAUUAUAACUGGAAAGUCUAUUGUUGAUGUUAUACAAAAAUGUUACAUUGCAUUAGCAAGGGAGGUGUAGCAUUGUGGAAAAAAAAUUAAAAUCUCAGUUAUAUUUCCAUUGGAAUAUAAUUGGUCAUUGUGUAAUAUUAAUGCACGCAUGUCCCAUAUGCUAAUUCAUAAAAGUUGUUAACUUUGAUAGGGAAAUUGCAAAACCACAUCUGUUAGGAAGUCUUUCAAGUACAUUUUUGUAAUAAUGACUUAUGAUAUAAUGUUAAGGCACGCACAUAAGACCCAAGUUGCACUAAUCCUGAAUCGUGUAGAAAACCAUUUGUAGUGACAAUAAGUAUGCAAACAUAUCAAAGACAAAUGUUGACCAUUGUGACUGUUUAUGUUCCCUGAAAGACUGUGAAUAUUUUAAUCAAAGUCAUUACUGUAUCAGACAACUGUCAAAUGUCAAUUACAUCCAUCCAUCCAUUUUCUAUCCUAACGAGGGUCACGCCGUUUGCUGGAGCCUAUCCCAGCUGACUUCAGGCCGGAAGCGGGGUACAAACUGGACUUGCUGUGGGAGAUUUAGAGUCGCCAAUUAACCUAACUAGCAUGUUUUUUGGAAUGUGGGAGGAACCGGAGUACCCGGAGUAAACCCACGCAUGCACGGGGAGAACGUGUCUACCACAACAUGUAGUUGAUAAUCUUUUAUGGAUUUUUAUCACAUUUAAAAUUCAUUCAUUCAUUCAUUUUCUACCGCUUUUCCUCAUGAGGGUCGUUGGGGUGCUGGAGCCUAUCCCAGCUGUCUUCGGGCGAGAGGCGGGGUACACCCUGGACUGGUGGCCAGCCAAUCACAGGGCACAUAUAGACAAACAACCAUUCACACUCACAUUCAUACCAAUGGACAAUUUGGAGUCGCCAAUUAACCUAGCAUGUUUUUGGAAUUGUGUGAGGAACCGGAGUACCCGGAGAAAACCCACAUAUGCACGUGGAAAGUGUGUCUACCACAACAUGUAGGUGAUCAUUUUUUUAUGGAUUUUUAUUACAUUUAAAAUUCAUUCAUUCAUUUUCUACCGCUUUUUCCUCACGAGGGUCGCGGGGGUGCUGGAGCCUAUCCCAGCUGUCUUCGGGCGAGAGGCGGGGUACACCCUGGACUGGUCGCCAGCCAAUCACAGGGCACAUAUAGACAAACAACCAUUCACACUCGCAUUCAUACCUAUGGACAAUUUGGAGUCGCCAAUUAACCUAGGAGGAACCGGAGUACACGGAGUAAACCCACGCAUGCACGGGGAAAACGUGUCUACCACAACAUAUAGUUGAUAAUUUUUUAUGGAUUUUUAUCACAUUUAAAAUUGUAUUUAAAAAAAAAAAACAAGGGGUGCGGGUUCAUACUCCAAUCCAGAUUUUCGACGAGCUCGGUUUGAGCUGUACAGAUUGCUGCCUCUCUGUUUGUGUAUCUGGAUUCUGACAUUGACUAAAAAUAGUGCAAGCAGAGUGAGGCAGGUAGGAAAAGUCUCAAGACACCAAAGACUUGACAUGCCUUCAUGACAUCAAAUGUUCAGACUCUGUAUCAAAGCCAUUAAAACCCACGCUCCCGUCAGCACAAACAAACAUAUCAAUCAGAAAGGCUUUUCUUCACUCCCCGUAUAGCAAACUCGGAACAUCACAGUGGCAUCCCUGUUGUGGGGAUUAAAUACGGGCAAAUAGUGACAAGGGAGGGGCAAACUUUAUUCCAUUUCCACCAUUGUGGUCUGACCCGCCAAGGACCAAAAUAGUAUGUUGAUUUUUUUGGUUGUUUGUCUGCAUGUGCCCUGGCUUGAAGUCAGCUGGGAUAGGCUCCAGCAUGCUCCCUGAGGACAAGUGGCAUAGAAAAUGAAUGGAUGGGAAGAUCAGCUCCAAUUCAUACUGUCAACAAAGUUGAAAUCUCAAAAUGACCUCCUUCCUUGGCGCUGACCGUGUUUCCUCAAAUAGUGUAUUCUGCUCAAAUAGACGCCAUGCAUCAGUUAAGACCUGUACAUAUGGAGGAAUAAGAAUAAGAACCAAGGUAGACAUUUCUUCAUGAGAAUCUCAGCAUUGGCCACGCUCACAUUUACAUUUUUUGAUAUAAAGCUUUUGAUGUUUGGUUAGAUAAUGACUUGAGAACAAGAUGCGAGAACCCCCAAAUGUGAUUCAAGAGAGACAUUGCCCGUUUAUCUUUCUUGGUGGCUUUAAGUACAGUACCACUCAAAAGUUUGGGAUCACUUGCAAAUUUUUUUGUUUUCCAAAGAAAAACAAAUUUUCAUGCAUUUUACAAAUAUUUUUUUUCCAUUUCACAAACAUUUUUAUCCAUUUCUCAAAUAAUUAAAAUGAAUCAGAUGAUUUUCAAAGAAGGAUGUACAUUUUUGCAUAGAGGCCUACUAUCAACAACUGUCAGUCCUCUGCAUCAAUCUCCUGGUAUGGCUGCUAAUCCAAGUUCAUCAUUUUAUAAGGCUAAUAGAUGAUUAGAAAAGCCAUCUAAAAAUCUAAACUAAAACUAAAAUAUCUUACCAUGCUGUUAACUACUCCCUUCAGAGAGCAGCACAAACUGGGUCUAACAAGGACAGAAAAACGCUGCACAACUGUGCAAGAAGACAAAUAUCUGAGAGUGUGUAGUUUAAGACAAAGACACCUCACAGGUCGUCACCUGGCAGCUGCACUAAAUAGUAGCCGUCAAACACCAGUGUCAGUAUCAACAGUGAAGCGGCGACUUCAGGAUGCUGGACUUCAUGGCAGGACUGCCAAGAAAAAGCCAUAUCUCAGACUGGCCAAAAAAAUCCCAAGUGAUCCCAAACUUUUGAGCGGUAGUGUAAUCCGGUGCAUUGUUUACUUAAAGAAAUUAAACACCUUACCUCUAAACAACACUUUCUAUGGCAUACAGUUCAGUUUGGUACGUUACACCCUAAUUUGGCUCCAUGAAUAUUAUGACAGUUAGCUUUUAAUUAAGACAUAUGCAUCAUCAUACAAAUUGCUGUAACUUUUGCCACACUUAAAGAUAAAGUUCUUGCGUUACAGCAGGAAAGGACUACAGAAGUGCGAGUGAACUGUGAAUAACCAAUCAGGUCUACAUCACAAUUGUCCAGCAUCUAUACGAAUAAAACGCCUCCUAGCAAAUAUAUACAGUACCUCCUUUAAAUAAAGCCUGAUGAGCGACGAAACACCCGUCCGCUUUCACAAAUGGAUGUGUGUAAAAUAAACAGAUAAGUUGUAUACGCUAAUUUAUUUAUUAGGGGAAAGGUAUGACAUUAAUAUUGGGGGGUUGGGAACACAAUUCAUAGCUAUCACGAAGGAACUCGACUCAAGUUGUGUUGUCGCCAUUAAAAUGAAAAGUUUGUACCUUGUGACUUUUUAUAUUUGUGUUGAAUAUAUAAAUGAGUACCUCCGUCAACUUUUGUACAAGACUUCUAAUAUUUACAGAUGCGUACGAGACCACGCAACUCACAAAGCGGUCUGUCUGUGUGACAGAUAAAUGUUGUACAACUACUGCAUUCUUUGUUUUUUUGUUUUUUUUGUCUUGACAAAAACCACACCUUCUUUUUUGGGAAGUUAUUGGUACACAUUUCCAAGUGAUUUUGAUUUGGUUACUCUUGUACUACUCAACUACUGUAUUUGCAAGCACUGUAAAUGCGAUUCUCAUUGGAUUUGUCCUCUGUACAUUCAGUACUCUGAUGUUGCUCUUAAUAAAAUGUCAAACAAAACACUUCCUAUUCAAGAGGAUGUUUGUUGAAAUCAAUCCCAGAUAAUACCACACAAAAUAAAAUA